AUGGCGAUCAGCUUGAAAGUAAUCAUCAUCGGCGCAGGCGUGACGGGUUUGUCGCUUGCCCAGGGAUUGAAGAAGCAAGGGAUUGAUUUCGAGAUCUAUGAGAGAACGAGUUCCGCUGCUCGUCACCGAGACUGGGGUAUCACCGUCCACUGGGCGGUAGAGUUCUUGGAGCUGUACCCGGACUACAUGGCGGACAAGCUUCGUGAAGCUCAGGUCGUCACUCGCAAGAACCCCAAGCUGCAGGAGCACGUUGAAUUUCACGAUGGAGAAACUGGGGCCGUCUUCAAGCAUAUUCCGUUGGGCGCCGCGAAGCGAUAUAGCCAAAAGAAGGUCAGGCAGGUUCUGCUGGAAGGGAUUCCCAUUCAAUACAACAUGGAGUUCAAAUCGUUCAAAGUCCUUCCCGGAGGAAUCGAAGGUACCUUUGCAGAUGGCACGACGACCAAAGGAACCUUCCUUGUCGCUUGCGACGGAGCACGCUCUUCGACCAGACAACUCCUCUUCGACAACAAAGAGGACGCAAAAUGGAAGCGGAUUCCUGGCCUCAUCCUCAACAACUACUGGAUGCAAUACACCAAGGAACAGGCUCUGAAGGUAAGGGCAGGCCUGAGUGAGUUCAUGGACAUUGCUGUCCAUCCCAACGGCACCUACUAUGGUCUGAUCCCUCUCGACAUCGACGACGAAAAGAGUCCGGAAGAGUGGAAGUUCCAAGUCUUCAUGUCAUUCGCAGCCGAUUUGAAGCCCCAAGAAGACACCCCCGAAAAACGUUUCGCAUUGGUCAAAGAAAAGGGCAAAGCAUUCACCGAACCCUUCAGCACCGCCAUUGAAUACAUGCCGGAGGACACGAUCAUCACCUGUGAUCACUACGGUACCUGGGAAACCCGGCCGUGGAACUCCCACGGUGGCCGUGUCUUGCUGGCCGGAGAUGGCGCUCACUCCAUGACCCCACAUCGUGCUCAAGGUGCCAACCAUGCCCUGCAAGACGUCAUCAACCUGGUACGCGCGUUUGGCGAUUUCAAGGAAGGCAAGCUGGACGAGAAGGCGCUCGCUAACAACUACAUGAAAGAGGUCGUCGACCGAGGUUCUAAUGAAGUACGCAUGUCGUUGAAGCAGGGUUUGGCGGCUCACGACUGGGCAAACAACAAAGACAUGCCUAUUGUCAAGAUUGGAUCGACACCGUUGCAUAUCCAGAACUCCUCGGUGCCGCUCCCUACCCAAGAUCCGAAUCAACUUUGA